ACAUGCCAGCACUUUCUGCUCCACCCUGUCUAUUCUUCCCACGUUUCCCACCUCAAACUCUUCUAACAUCCAGUAAUCUUAGCCUGUCCCAUUUCCUUUUGUUUCAAAGGCCUAAAGCACAUCACAGCAUUAUGUACUUAUUUCUUCAACUCAAGGUCUUCUCUGAGCUUCAAUUAGUGACUGUAGGCAGGAUGUGGGGCUUGUGCAUUGGAGCUUUAGUAAUCAUAAGCAUCACACAUUUUGUUUACCGCUGGAGAAAUCCCAGAUGCAAUGGAAAACUCCCACCAGGUUCAAUGGGAUUUCCACUCCUUGGUGAGACCCUGCAGUUCUUCACUCCCAACACUUCUUCUGAUAUUCCUCCUUUCAUAAAAAAAAGAAUGGAUAGGUAUGGAUCAAUAUUCAAGACCAAUUUGGUGGGACGACCAGUUGUAAUCUCAACGGACCCGGAUCUCAAUUACUUUAUAUUCCAACAAGAAGGAGUACUGUUCCAGAGCUGGUACCCAGAUACAUUCACAGAGAUUUUUGGAAGACAGAACGUGGGUUCCUUACAUGGUUUCUUGUACAAGUACCUCAAGAACAUGGUGCUAAAUCUCUUUGGUCCUGAGAGCCUUAAGAAGAUGCUCCCUGAAGUUGAACAAGCAGCAAAUAGAACAUUACAACAAUGGUCAUGUCAAGACACUAUUGAAUUAAAAGAUGCAACUGCAAGUAUGAUUUUCGAUCUGACUGCAAAGAAACUGAUCAGUUAUGAACCUGAUAAGUCCUCGGAGAAUCUAAGGACGAACUUCGUGGCAUUCAUACAGGGAUUAAUCUCCUUUCCUCUGAACAUUCCCGGGACAGCUUAUCACAAAUGUUUACAGGGAAGGAAAAGGGCAAUGAGGAUGCUGAAAACCAUGCUACAGGAAAGACGGGCAAUGCCUAGGAAGCAGCAAAGUGAUUUUUUUGAUUAUGUCCUUGAAGAACUUCGAAAGGAUGGAACGAUACUCACAGAGGCAAUAGCUCUGGAUUUGAUGUUUGUGCUACUGUUUGCCAGUUUUGAAACGACUUCCCUCGCUAUAACUUUAGCAAUUAAGUUUCUUUCAGACCAUCCUCUAGUGUUGAAGCAAUUAACAGAAGAGCAUGAGGCAAUUCUUAACCAAAGGGAAAAUGCUGAUUCUGGACUUACAUGGAAAGAAUACAAAUCAAUGACAUUUACAUUUCAGUUCAUCAAUGAAACAGUUAGACUGGCAAAUAUUGUUCCUGGGAUCUUCCGCAAAGCACUGAGAGAUAUACAGUUUAAAGGAUAUACCAUUCCAGCAAGUUGGGGGGUUAUGGUCUGUCCCCCAGCUGUACACUUGAACCCUGCAAAAUACAAAGAUCCCCUUGCUUUUGAUCCAUCGAGAUGGGAGGGAGUGGAAUUAAACGGUGCAACCAAACAUUUCAUGGCUUUUGGUGGUGGAAUAAGAUUUUGUGUUGGAACAGAAUUUACUAAGGUGCAAAUGGCUGUGUUUCUCCAUUGUCUGGUAACAAAGUACAGGUGGCAAACAAUCAAAGGAGGAAAUAUUGUCCGAACUCCUGGUUUACAAUUUCCAAAUGGUUUUCACAUUCAUCUCAUGAAGAAAGAAACAAGGGAACAACAAACAACAUAUAGCUCUACAUAAACAAAACAGAGCAAUCACUAUGCUAGCCAUAUGUUUUGCUAGAAACACUAUACCAGAGGUUCCAACUUAUCUUCACACCCAGCAAGAUCACUGGUCUCAAGCUGCACAGGAUAAUGGUCAACAAGACAUUUUGAGUGCAGAAGAGGGAGAACAAUUAUGAUAUUCUCUCCACAAGCAACGAUCAUGCUCUACUUUUGCUCAACAGCACAGACAAAUUUUUGUGUUUUAUCUCAACAUGUAUCUAUAAGAUCCAAUAUAUAACAAAUUGAUCAAAACAAUGAUUUACUUGUAAGAAUUA